UCUGCGCUGACAUCAUGUGCCGCGCUUUGAUGGUCACCGACAUCAAAAAUCCCAACCCACGCCCCUCGAUUUUCUUUCUUACUAUGCCCCCUCUUAUAAUGCCCCUCUUCCCCGCGCUGCUACGAAAUCCAGUUUCUCCUUUCCUAGACUCAGUCCUUCAUCCGUCUCAAAUAAAUGUUUCAACGGCAUCACCUAUCGAAACUACUAGAUAUUCAGCCCCGUUGCGCAAGCGCCAUUACAAGUACACAAACCAUUACCGCCAACCCCAGCCUUCACUCUCGUCAUAAUUGUCACUCUGGCAAACCCAGCUCAGCCCUAAUUUACCCCUGUACAACCAACCAGACAAUAAGCCACAUGGCCCCUACCGACGUCUCCAAAUACCUCAAGCAAUCCCACCAGCGCGUCUUCGAAAACAACAGGAAAUGGGCAGCGGAAAAAGCCGCGAAAGAUCCGCACUUCUUUGAGAAGCUCCAGAAUGGCCAGAAUCCAGAUUAUCUAUGGAUCGGCUGCAGCGACAGCCGCAUUCCCGCCGAGCAAAUCACGGGGCUAGACCCCGGUGAAGCCUUCAUCCAUCGCAACAUUGCUAAUUUGGUCUGCAACACGGAUCUGAACGUGAUGAGCGUGAUCAACUAUGCGGUGCGCCACCUCCGCGUCAAACACAUCAUUGUCUGCGGACAUUAUGGAUGCGGUGGGGUCAAAGCGGCUUUGACCCCCGCGGAUCUGGGUCUGCUGAAUCCCUGGCUGCGGAAUAUUCGUGACGUCUACAGGCUCCAUGAGACGGAGCUGGAUGCGCUUGAAGGGAGCGCACGCUGUGAUAGGCUUGUGGAGCUGAAUGUGAUUGAGCAGUGCCGCAACAUCAUUAAGACGGCAGCUGUGCAGAAGAGCUUUGAGGAAAACGGGUAUCCUAUUGUGCAUGGUUGGGUGUUUAAUUUUAAGGAUGGCCUGUUGACGGAUCUGAAAAUUGAUUUCGAGAAUGUGCUGGCUGGGAUCCAGAAGAUUUACAACUUGACGGAUGGAAAGUGAGGUAUGAAGAAGAAAGGGCUUAGAUACCUAGGUAGAUAACAACAUUAUGUACGGUUUGGACAAAUGAUUGUCCAUCAUCACACUCCAACUCGCUCGCUCUGCCCGUUCCCUUCUUACGAUCCGACUAGAAAAGAUCCUAGUUAUUAUAUUGAAGGAUACGGGCGCGCAACAGACGGAUAUUCCAUAAUAUCUGUUGAUCUGAAAGCGAGUUGGGCUCGGGAUAUGGAGUGUGAAGUCCAAUAAAUAGUAGCACUCAGAGUGAAGUUUGUGUUAGUGCGCCAAGAACUCGCGACACUGAUGGGGCAAGCUUGAAGCCAAUUCCUUGUAAGCUUCAAGCUUGUGCCGAUGCCCUCAGUCCGCCACACUCGGCAUAGAUGCGCGUUUCGCUAUUUGAAAUAACACAUCGAUCGUCAGCCUAGAACUAAAUGAUACCAGGGUUGAUCAUCCGGGCAUCCAGUAGGGCUGAUCUAAAAUGGGGAUGGGUUAAGGUGUAGAGAGAUGGCUAUUUUCCCGCCCAUUCGCUGCACAUAAACCCUACGAUUCAGCGUCAUAGGAGUUAUAGGAAUGGUGCACGAAACGAAUCGGACACGUUUCAACCUAGCAGCCAUAAUUGCUGAGUAGCCACGGAGAAAAAAAGUUCCCUUUCUUUCGUGGUUUCUCCUCUUCUUGCUCUUCUUUAGUACUUUUUCAUUUUUUGUUCUUUCACUGAAUGUAAUGUAUGUACAGUACAUUACAUUUCUUCUCCUGAGCAUGUGUAUGUGAGAAGCCGACUGUUGAGUUCUCUUUACUCGAGGGCUUGAUCAAUAUCUAGUCUCCGAGACAAUUCGGGCCAGUCAGCUUUCCACGCGUGUCCUGGAUUACAAGCUCAUCGACGAAGCCCAAUCAGGGAACGUAGGAUAUUUUUAGCGUAUUUGUAAGAGCGAUUGAGGCGUCUCAAGCCGCAAGCACUGGGACCGUACCAUAUUAACGUGCAACCGAGCACGCCCUAAGCAACUAGUUAUUUGGGAGGGGUAAAAUACGUUGUGUGUAACUCUAUUCAUGAGUUGGGACUCUCUUUUUCUUAUACAUUUUGGCCAAAGCAAUAUAAAAGCGCAUCAAGUAAUCUGCAAAGAGCGAGUCUGUUGCUGUAAACAUCCGUACAUUACACGAAGAAGUUCAAAGCCACAUGGAGAUUCAGUCUCCAGCCAAGUCAUGUCCAUGGGUUCAUUUCAAUUGCUCCGUUGCAUUUUUCGGUUAUUAACAAGGAGAGUAUAAAAAGCUAUGGGAGGCGCAGCAGGGUCAGGAGAAUAUAACUUGAAAUUCAACGG